AUGCUAAUAAUAAUAGUGUUUCAUGAUAAGUUAUUUGUGCUUACUGCCUCAAUUAUUAUAAUUUAUAAAGAUAAUAAUGAUAAUACUCGACCGAACACGCGGAAUGAUACUCGAUGGGCAGCUAGACACGAAGCUUGUUCAAGUCUUUCUCAAAACUGGACAGAACUUCUUAAAGCAUUGAACAGUUUUGUUGAAAAUCCAAUAGAAAAUUCUAAGACAAAAUGUGAAUCAACUGGGUUAAUAAAAAAAAUGAAUAGAUUGGAAAUGUGUAUUCUUGUGUCAUUUUGGAAUGAUAUUUUAAAGAGGUUUAAUAGUACAAGCAAGAAAUUACAGACUAUUGAAAUUGAUCUGACAAUUGUUAUAAACCUAUACACAUCUUUAAUUAAUUAUGUAACAGAUUUAAGAAAUACUUUUUCACACUAUGAAAAACUAGCUAUGGAAAAAUCUGAAAUUGAAGAGUAUAAAGUUGUCAGGAAGAAGAAAAGAAAAAUUCCAUACGAUGAAUCAUGUCAAGGCGACACAUCAUUUGAAGCUAGAGAAUCAUUUAAAAUAAACACAUAUUUUGUCAUAAUAGAUUCAUUACUUUCAGAGUUAAGGAAGCGUAAAAGCUGUUAUGAUGAUAUUAAUACUAUGUUCGGAUUUUUUUCAAACAUGAUUGAUUUACCAGUAAUUGAAGUGAGAAAGAAAGCUACCAAAUUACAGAGUCAGUAUCCUGAAGAUCUCGAUGGAUCAUUUAUAAAUGAAUGUAUUCAUUUUCAUGGAUACUUAAAAAGUUUACCAGGAAUUGUAUCACCAAAAUCUUUUUUAGAGUUGUGCAAAAUCAUCGAAGAUCACAAUAUAGCAGAUGUCUACCCAUAUGUAGAUAUUGCGUUACGUAUGUAUUUAUGCUGUCCGGUUUCUAAUACUUCAGCUGAACGGUCAUUUAGUGUUCUGAAAAGAGUGAAAUCAUACUUGAGAUCUUCAAUGAAUGACAACCGUUUAAACAAUUUGAGGCCUCGAGGACGCCCCAGACAAAGAUGGGUGGAUAGAGUAAAGGAAGACUUAAAACUCCUGAACGUAAGAAACGCAGAAGAAAGUGCAAAUGAUAGAGAAGAAUGGAAACAAUAUGUUGUUGCGGCGAUGGGCCUUAAGGGCCUGUAA